AAUCCCAGAAAUAAAAACAGAUAUGGCAGCUACAGAUAUUCAAAUCACGGUGGUAUCCUCCCUAUUCAUCUUGUUUGGUGGAAUUGGGCCAAUAUUCUGGGCUUCGAUAUCGGAAUACUAUCAUAUACGAAGGUUUUUAUAUUUGGUAGCAUUACUUGUAUUUUUCGGUGCUUCAAUAGGAUGUGCACUAGCUAAUAACAUCUAUGUUUUGAUCGUACUACGCUGUAUUCAAUCUGUUGGAACGUCGGUUACUAUGUCUGUUGGUGCAGGAACUGUGGCUGAUUGUUGGCAAAUUACAGAAAGGGGAUCAGCAUUCAGUUAUCUAUUCGUUGGACAGUUUAUUGGCCCACUGAUAGGCCCUAUUGUUGGAGGUGGGCUAAUUACGGCAACAAAUUGGCGUAGUGUUUUUUGGCUCUGUGCCGGUUAUGGACUCUUCUUGUUUGUAUUUUUUUUCUUCCUUUUCCCCGAGACAUAUCGCUUAGAUCAUCAAUGGGAUCAAACUCUCCCAACCAUCUUGGAGAGUCAGACUACCUUGACUAAUACAGCAGAAGGUAAUCACAUCGCUCAUCAACGACAACAGCCAGUUAGGAAAAUAGACAUGUCAAUUACCAUGAGCAACAGUUCCAAUGCCGAAUAUAAGGAAGUUACGCUUACUCAUAAAAAUAAAGAAGCACUUCAGACCGCUACCACAACUGCAACGGAUGACCACAGCACAUUCAAUCCAUUUAGAAGCUUUGCUAUGAUGCAAUAUGCGUUUGUUUGCUUUGUAGCUAUAGAAAUUGGUUUCUGUUUUGGUACGAUGUUCACGUUAGAAACACUUAUUCCUGAUUUGUACUACAUACAUUAUGGAUUUGAUUCCUGGCAAACAGGACUGAGCUUUAUCGGUGCUGGUAUUGGAAAUGUUCUAGGGUCAGUUAUUUCUGGAAAACUUUCUGAUUAUCUGCUAAUCAGAGCAAGCAGAAAAAGGGGUGGUAUUUCAAAAGCUGAAGAUAGACUCACACUGAACGCAUGGCCAGGAGGUUUCUUUUUGAUUCCACUUGGCGUUCUUCUGUUUGGUUGGAGUAUCAUGGCUAAAUUCUCUGUCUGGCCGGCCAUUAUAGGAUUUAGUAUACUAUGUUUUGGAAUGAGUCAAGUGUAUACAGCAGGAUCUGCUUACUUGGUUGACUCUGUACCGGGAAAAGGGGCAUCCGUGACAGCAGCUUGUAAUUUCUUUAGAAUGAUUAUGGCUGCUAUUUUAAGUUUCAUCUCUCCUAUUAUGGGGUCAGCGCUAUCCAUAGGUUAUGUAUCUAUACUUUUAGCGUCACUCAACGUAAUAGGCAUGAGCUUAUUGGUUUUCAUAAAGUUUAAGGGAAUUCACAUGAGAAGAAAAGCUGGUUUUGCAGAAAGUAAAGCAGAGGAAGCCAAUGAAAAUAACACUUAGUAGAAAUUGUAAAUAUUGUACAAUAAUUAUAUAAAGA